AGAACUCGGCUGGGUGACCAGAAAAAACCUAAGACAAAAGUUUCCAGGAGAGGCAGAGCCUCAUUUUCACAGUGGCCCUGGGCUCAGAGGACUUCCUUCUUCCACCCAUUUCUCUCAGAGACUUCCAAGUUGAAUCCCUGCAUGCCAGCAAGAGGGAAGCUGGCAUUACUGGGAGAGCCUGGAGCAGGCACUGUGAAGGGCCCUGAGCUUAUGGAAGACAUCCCACUCUUGCUGAGUAGUCUGCAGUUACAUACAGGAGUCAAAGUGAUGGGCAGCUGCCCAAGGACCCACUGAGGGUCAGAUUUUUCAACAAGCCCCUGCAGUGGGCCAGGUAUGCAGACACAGGCUCCCAGGAUUCAUGCACCUGUGGGAGCCAUGUUCCCCAAGGAACAGACACUGAGCAUGGAGAGGCUGAAGCUGAGGAUAUGGACGCAGAGAGAGAAGCCUUGGAGUGUAUGGCCUACCCUGAGGUGCAGAGCUUCUGCCGGAAACACGGCUUGACAUUCGAGGUGGUUGAUCUGAGGUGGGGUAUUCGGGACACACAGGCCACUGACCACUUGACCACAGAACUCUGCUUGGAAGAACUUGAUCGCUGUCAGAAAACAUCCAUAGGCCCAGCUUUUGUGGCCCUCCUGGGAGACCAGUAUGGCCCCUGCCCAGUUCCUGCACGGAUUGAGGAGAAGGAGUGGGAUGUACUGAGGGCUCAGCUGACCUCCAGGCCUGAAGAUCUGGAGCUGGUGGCCAGAUAUUUUCGGAGAGACGAUAACACCAUUCCUCCCACUUACAUCCUGCAGCCUCCGGGCUCCAUGGAGGCCCGAGGGCCAGAGGAAGCCACCUUGACCUCUAUCCUAAGAGCUGGAGCCCAGGAGGCCUGGAGGCAAGGCCUCAUCAGCCAGGAGCAAUGGACAUGCUACCAUCGGUCAGUCAUUGAAUGGGAGAUCGAGCAGGGCCUCCUGAGCUCAGCUCGAGGGGACCAGGGAGCCACCAUCUUCCUGAGAGAUGUACAGGACCUUAGUAAACACAUCUUGGAUGAUUGCUCUCUGAAGAUGGUGGACCGGCUGGCAGAUGGCUGCUUGGAUACCAACGCCCAGAGUCUUCUCAGUGGCCUUAAGGGGCGCAUACUGGAUGCUCAGCCUGGAGCCCUGAAGUCCCACUGCCUGCCCUGGACCCGUGACCUGGUCAACCCCAAGAACAAGGCUCAUGCCCGCUACCUGAAAGAGCUAAGUGAGCAGUUUGUGGCCAGGACCAACCAUCAGGUCCUGGAGCAGCUUCGAGAGCUAGAGUUGGCCAGACAGGAGCUGGGCUGGCUCUACCAGGAGAUCCGCCACCACCUCUGGCAGAGCACAGAGUCCACCAGGAUCUUCUGUGGUCACCAGGAGUUCCUGGCCCAGCUGGGGCAGCAGCUCAGACAGGAUGAGAACCGGCCCCAUACUCCCUUGGUUCUCUAUGGACCACCGGGCAUCGGGAAAACAUCCCUAAUGUGCAAGCUAGCUCAGCAGGUACCAAGGCUGCUUGGCCACAAGACAGUGGUCAUCCUGAGGCUGCUGGGGACAUCAAAGAUGAGUCUGGAUGCCCGUAGCCUCCUCCACAGCGUAUCUUUCCAGCUGUGCUUGGCAUAUGGGCUGCCACUACCCCCAACCCAGGUCCUGGAGGCCCAUACCCGGGUGGGCCACUUCUUCCACACCCUCCUCCACACUGUGUCCCAGAGGAACUUCGAGUCCCUCGUUCUGCUCCUGGACUCUGUGGAUGAUCUGGAUUCCACAUGUCAUUCUCAAAGGGUCUCCUGGCUGCCCCUCAAGUGUCCCCCGAGGGUGCACCUCAUCCUCUCUACAUGCUCAGGCCAGCAGGUGCUACACACCCUGCAACAGACCCUCAAGGACCCCUGUGCCUACUGGGAGGUGAAGGCCCUGUCUGGAAGUCAAGGGCAGGAGUUCAUCCAGCUGCUACUGGCUGCAGAAAGGAGGACGCUGAGCCCAGGGCAGAGGGAUGUCCUCUGGGCCAGCCUCCCAGAGUGCGGCCACCCAGGGCGGCUAAGGCUGGCCUUUGAAGAGGCUCGGAAGUGGGCCUCCUUCACUGUUCCCGUGCCCCUGGCCACCACAGCCGAGGAAGCCACACAUCAGCUCUGCAUCCGCCUGGAGGAGACUCACGGGCAGCUGCUGGUGGCUCAUGUGCUGGGCUACAUUGUGUGUUCCAGGUACGGUCUCUCAGAGGCAGAGCUGAAGGAUGUGCUGUCUUUGGAUGAUGAAGUCCUGCAGGCUGUGUACCGGGACUGGACACCUCCUAGUAAGGAGCUGCUGCGUUUCCCACCCCUGCUAUGGGUGCGGCUCCGCCGGGACCUGGGGCACUGCCUGACCAGGAAGCCUGUGGAUGGAUGCAUGCUGCUGGCCAUUGCGCAGAGACAGCUGUCCCAGGUGAUCCAAGUUCGAUACCUGUCUGGGCCUGAGAGAGCCAAGAGGCAUGGUGUGCUAGCUGACUUCUUCUCUGGAGCCUGGAGCCAGGGCACCAAAAAACGUGUUACCCUGCCACUCGUGGGGAAGCCCCUGAACCUGGACCGGAAGGUGGCCCCACAGCCGCUGUGGUUCUCAGGCACAGUGGCCAACAGGAGGAAGCUGACAGAAUUACCCUUCCAUCUGCUGCAUGCAGGCCGCAUGGAGGAGCUGAAGCAGGAAGUGCUGGGGAACAUGAACUGGAUUUGCUGCCGCGGCAUCUCUGGGAGCAUUGAGGAGCUGCUGGAUGACUUUGACAUGUGUGCCCCUCACAUGGACUCUCCUGAGGUUGGUCUGGUCAGAGAAGCUCUCCAGCUGUGCCGCCCUGCUGUGGAGCUCCGGGGCAUGGAGAGGAGCAUCCUGUACACAGAGCUCCUGGCCAGGCUCCUCUUCUUUGCUACAUCGCAUCCGGCGAUCAUCGGGCAGAUGUGCCAACAGGCCCAGAGCUGGUUCCGCACCUGCCCCUACCCAAUGCUGGUGCCUCUGGCAGGGUUCCUCCAGCCGCCAGGUGGGCCUCUUCGUGCCACUCUCACUGGGUGUCACAAAGGCAUCUCCGCGGUAGCAUGGAGCCUGGAGGAGAAGCUUCUGGUGGUGGGUACCCAGGAUGGUGCCGUGGUCGUGUGGGGUGUGGAGGAGCAGCAGGUGGUCCACGCUCUCAUGGGACACACAGCUGAGGUGAGGUGUGUGCGAGUGUUUGCUGAAGGGACUCUCGCCAUCUCUGCGUCAAAGGAUCACACCCUGCGCUUGUGGAGCCUGCUCUCUGGCCAGGAGAAAGUCACCAUUUUGGACAGAGGCUCAUCAGAUUCCACAGAGCCUCAGAGCUGGGACCUCCAUGUGGAUGAGAUAAACAGACUCAUAUACUCAACAUCUGGCACAAAGAUCAGCGUGUGGAAUCUGGAAACUUCAAAGUUGGCUUUCUGCAUGGCAGGAGAUGCCUCUGAUCCCUGGGCCUGUGUGGCUGUGUUGGCUGCCCGGAGCCUGCUGCUUGCUGUGUCCAAGGGUGGCACGGUCAGUGUGUGGAGCUCGGCCACAGGGAAACUGCAGGAGAAACGGCAGUUGGCCUGCAUCACAGGAGAGACACCUACCUGCGCUGUCUCCGUCCAGACGCAGGCAAAGCUGGUCGCCGGCUUCAGCAGCGGUUCUGUGGCUGUGGUCUCCGGCGGAGAAGACAGGCUGCUGGAGAAGCUUCCAGAAGCUGUGGGGCUCCUGGUGGUUUCUGAAGACGAUUCUCUUCUUGCAGCAGGCUUUGGAAGAUCUGUGCGGAUUUUCUUGGCCGACUCACAAGGCUUCCACCAGUUCAUGGCCACGGAUCUGGAGCAUGAAGACGUGGUGGAGACGGCAGUGUGGGGGCCUGAGAACAACCUGAUUAUCACGGGGUCCCGGGAUGCACUCAUCCAGGUGUGGAGUCUGUCGGACCAGGGUACCCUGCUCCAUGUCCUGGAGGGCGUGGGUGCCCCUGCGAGCCUGCUGGUCCGGGGUGGGACUCUUGUGGUGUCUGCAUCCUGGAAGUCUUCAUCCUUCAAGAUCUGGGAUCUCACGUCCAUUCAGAAGCUGUGGUCUCCAGCUCCAUUUUUGGACCGUACCGGCCUCACUGCAGUGUCCCACCACGGCAGCUACGUCUACUUCCCCAAGGUUGGGGACAAAAACAAAGUCACGAUUUGGGACGUGGCAGAAGGCAAGGAGCAGGAUUCCCUGGACACGUCCAAUGAAGUCCGGUGUCUGGAGGUGGCCGAGCAGGCCAAGCUCCUCUUCACGGGCCUGGUUUCGGGGAUCGUGCUUGUGUUCCCCCUGAAUUCCAGACAAGAUGUGCUGUGCAUCCCCCCGCCUGAGGCCCGCAAGGCCGUCAACUGCAUGUCCCUGAGCAAGCGUGAGGACCGACUGGCCAUCGCCUAUGACAACAUCGUUCUGGUGCUGGACAUCAGCCCUGGGGACCCAUGUCCCACCAUCGAGGGCCCCACCUACACCUUUUACACUCAGUUGCCUGAGACCAUAGCUGGCGUGGCUGUGCUGGCUGACUACCGCGUGCUCUAUGGCAUGACGGCUGGUGGCCUCUUCCUGUACGACUGUGCAAGGUCUAAAGUGUUCCCUCUGGAGGCCCAUGGAAGCAGGGUGAGCUGCCUGGACAUCAGCCACGGCGAGCAGCUGGCAGUGAGCGGGGCGGAGGAUGCACUGCUGUGCCUCUGGGACCUGCAAGCGUGCAGGGGGAUACUCGAGAUGAGCUAUGAGGCACCCUCCUGGCUGUCCAGUUUGUCCAUGCUGUGGUCAACCGAAUCAUCCCCACCAGCAAUGGUUUCAUGGCUCCCACAAGCCAUGGCUAUCUCAUCCGAGAGCGCUUUCAGUGCCCCUCAGCCGGAGCUUCCCAGAAAGACCCUCUCAAGAAUUUCAAGAAGGCAGUGUGGCUGGUUAAGACCAGGCAGAGAGAAGAGCAGGCUUCGGCAGAGGCCCCCCAGGUUGCAGGGCCAGCAGCUGCAGCGGGAAAGAAAUCGAAAUCAAAUAAAGGCUCACAGGUCUGCCUUAUACUGUGAAAGCCCACUGAGGCAGGGAAUGCAGGGGCUAGCCUUGACUCAACUGCUUGAAGCAAACUGGCCAUCUCUGCUGGUGCUGUGUAGACCCCAGGCUAACCAUCUCACUAACCAUCUUUCACUUUUCUGUUGAGCUCUCAGACCUGCCCUUAGGUUAGCAGCAGCCCGUAUCUCCCACCCUACCCUAAGAAGUUGCAGCAAAGCCUUGGCUCUGCCUCUGUUGGUCUCAGUGGCACAACUCUUAUCCCUGAGCCAACCACUGACUCUGGAAUGAUCUGCAAUCCCUGGGAGGACCAAGAGCAACCUAGUGGAGGGCCACACACCUGCUUUGUGGCCGAGAGUGAGGGACUGCUGGCAUGUAAUGGGUGUUGUCCUGUCUUGGAUGGCAGUGAGCAUCCAGUAACAGCCCGUAAUCCACACUGCAAAGCCAGCGCUGUCUUGCCAGUCUUUCCUCUCCCACAUGUAAAGCCAGAGGUCUGGAUUAUCAUGCCACGAACUUUUGCCCUUUCAAAGCUGGUGAUUGACACCACAGGCACAGUUAGCCUGUCUGUAGCUCCUGUUCUGAGAUUAAAAAUGGUAUGUAAAAAAUUCAUCUGGGUGGGGUGGUGGCACAGCCUUCAAUCUCAGCACUGAGGAAAUAGAGGAAGGUGGGUUUCUGUGAGAUCAAGGCCAGUCUGGUCUACAGAGUGAGUUUCAGGACAGCCAGAGUUCUGUAGAGAGAUAGGGAUAGGGAUGGCUCAGGGCUUAAGCACCUGUGGACCCACUGUGAGGAUUGGUGUUCACACAACAGAACCCAGGCAUGUACUGGGUAUACACUGUCACUACCUGCAAGUCCAGCCCCAGAAGGUAGGGACAGGCUAUUCUAGUUUCACUCGGCUAUAACAAAAACAUGUGACCAGAAGCAACACAGGGAGCAAAGGGUUCGUUCAGCUUCCUGGGAGGCCACGGGCUGACACUGAGGGAAGUCAGGGCAAGAACUCAAGCAAGAACUGAAGGCAAGACUGCUGGCUGUUGGGCUCAGCAUGACCAGGGAACUCACUGGGCCAAGGACGAAGAACAGAGUCUCAGUCACCAUUCUAUUGCUGUCAGGAGACACCAUGACUACGGCAAUUCAUGUAAAAUAAACAUUCAAUUGGGGGCUGGCCUACAGUUUCAGAGGCUGGUCCAUUGUCAUUAUGACAAGGAGGGUAGUGGUGUGCAUGGCAGGCAUGGUGCUGGAGAAGUAGCUGAGAGCUGUGUCACAAUCUGCAGAUAGGCAGGCAGAGAGACUGGGCCUCACAUGGACUUCUGAAACUCCAAAGCCCACCCCCAUGAUAUACUUCCUCCUGCAAGGUCACAGCUCCUAACCUUUGUAAUCCUUUCAAACAGUGCUUUUCCCUGGUGGCCAGACAUUCAAACAUAUGGUUAUGGAAGCCAUUCUCAUUCAAACCACCACAAGCCAGAACCAUGGAGGAUACUGUUUCUGCCUUUCUCUUAAUCAUUAGCUGAGCUUUUUUAUUCAGCCCCAGAACCACCUGCCCACAGUGGGCUCCCUCCUAUGUCAAUUGACAGUCAAGACAAUGCCCCUUGAACAGGCUCAUAGACCAAUUUGAUCUUAGCAAUCCUUCAAUUGAGACUUUCUUCUCAGGUGACACGAGGCUGUGUGAUGUUGACAGUUAAAGCUAACUAGGUUGCUGAGGAUCCUAGACACAUUGGAGAGCUCUGGGUUUGAUUAAGAAACCCUGUUCAGUGAAUAAGGUGGAAGAGGAGUCAAGGAUGAUUCCUGACUCAACCAAUACAAAUACACAUGCACCCACAUGUGUUCCCCAGACUCCCAGACUCAUGUUACCCAGACUGGCCUCAUACUCCAUGAGUGGCCAAAGUUGCUGGUGCAGUCUUGACCCUCCAGCAUCCACUUCCUGUUAGACGGCAGUCAUGACCUCUAGACCCAGCUGCUUGGCUCAGCUGCCACAGCAGGACAUGCUAACAUCCCCUUGCUUUGCUGCCAGACCCUCUGUCCUGAAGUGGCUCUCUUCUCUAUGCCUAGUGAGCCUGGCUUUUCUGGAGCCUUGCUAUAGUCAGACCUUAGAACUGAGGGCUCUCCUUAACUCCAUGGGACUCUAGACAGACUCAACAAAAGCUGCGCUAGAAAACUUGUAUCUCUGUGUUGGACAUGGAACCCAGGACUUGGAGGCCAGUGUUCUGCUGUGAGCAAUCCCUCCAGCCCCUCACUAGGGGAGUCCAGGAAAGGGCUCUGCUGCUGAGGUACAUUCUAGCUUCAAAAUCAGGCCUUUGAAGAUAUCUCCUUACUUAUUUCCCAAAUAAGGGUUCCAGUGAAUGCUUUGGCAGUUCUGAAAAUGUUAGCAUCAAAUUUCAUUAAUAUAUAUAUAUAUAUAUUGGUUCGAGGCCAGCCUGGUCUAUAGAGCAAGUUCCAGGACAGGCUACACAAAGAAACCCUGUUGGUAUAAUGUGGAAAGGUUACAACUUACCCUUGUUCAUUCAAAUGCUGAUUUCUCUACUUGCUUCAAUCCAGACAUUGCUUUGGGAUGUUUAUUCUAAGCAUCACCUGUCUCAAGUUUGUGUAAACAUGCCACCAUUUGGUCUCUGUAUUUUCAAUAAACCCAGCCAGUGCUGUGCAAUGGAGAGAAUAGGGUAGGAAUCCUGGUCCAGAGGGGAGGAGAGAGAAACGAGUAGGAGGAGUGGAAGAGCAGAGAUUUGCUGGAGAGGACUUAGAAUGAGGGAGAUGAACCAGACCUAAGACAUGACUGAAAGCAAGUAUUUUACCCAUUUACCAAAAAUGGGUAAAAUCUGAAUGGUAGAAAACUAUAUGGCCUGGAGGUUUAGGAUGGAGUAACUAUUGCCCAGCAUUGUGCUCUAGGUUAAUUAAGUAAAUCCUAGUCUCAAUGUGGUGAUUUGGGUAUACAGUUGGUUUAAGAAAAUCAAUAUUAAAUAUUGAUAACCAACAACAAAACCCUGACUUGGAAAAAAAAAGUUGGUCUGGAGUUAUGACUCGGCAGCUAAGAUUCAUACUGCUCUUAUAGGGGACCCAAGUUUGAUUCCUAGUACCCAAUCAGCUGCCUCACAAAGAGCUCAGAGGAUUUCAGUGCCUCUGACCUUUGCAGACACCUAUACUCAGUCUCUUUCUCUCUCUCACACACACAAAACUUCAAUUAAUAAAGAUCAUUCUUUUAAAAAGAUAUUGGCCAAUGAGCUGACUCAGUGAGGGUAAGUAAUAGCACUUGCUGCUCAACCUUGAUGGCCUGAGUUGAAUCCCUGGCACCCAAAGGGUGGAUGGAGAGAACCGACUUCAGAGUUGCUCUCUGACUCCACAUGGUCACCGUGGCAAUCACUAUGAUGAUCACACCUCCCACCAUGCACACAGACACACAAUAAUAAUAAUAAUAAGUUUAAAGAUAAUAUUUUAAGCUGUAAUUUAAAAACAUAUGCUCAGGUACAUUGAACAAUAACUCUUUAGAUUUUUUAAAAAAAGUAAUAGUUUAUUUUUAUUAACUUGUGCUAAUUGUGCAUAUUAAUGGGAACCCACCAGAUAUUUUCAGCAUGCAUGCAACACACACUCAUCAAACCCAGCCUCUUUAUCCACUCUUCCUCUCUGUCCCAAGCUGGGCCUCACAGUUCGAAUCCUUUUAAGUCCAGGGUAUGAGCGUGGGAAUGAGGUCUGCAUCUGAGUUACUUCAUUGAACAUAAUGUCCUUCAGUUCUCUCUAUUUUGUUACAAGUUCCAGUCUUUAAUCUUCUUCUGUAUGGCUGCAUAAUAUUCUACCAUUGAGUGAACCAGAACCGCUUAUUUUGGCCAUCCACUUUGGUGUUGGUGAUUGCUAGUUUAGGACUCUCCCAUCUCCAUUUAACUGAAGGGGCCCUUGAGCAGGGGAAAAGCCUACUUUUUUUGCUAGGACUUUUCUAUGACUCAUGUUUAACCUAUUCAGAAAGGAUGUGAACAUUAUAACGGGGAAAGUUUAGAAGUGAGGCAGGAGGAUCUCUGUGAGCUUGAGGCCAGCUGUAUAGCAAGACCCUGUCUCAAAAUCAAACCAAAACAAAAUAAAAUUCCUGUGUUCAUCUCAA